AUGACCAACUCGAUUGAUUCAGAUGGAAAAGUCGACGAGGAGACUGAGUACAACGCACAGGAAGUUAUGAAAGUGGUCCUCGGCCAGGACGAUGGUAAGGAAGACCCGAACGCGCUGUUGGUGAAAACAUUAAUCAAACAGAAUGAGAUGUUGAUGAGCAUGUUAGCGCUGAAGGGUAAACAACCGGCGGAGGUGUAUGUUCCACCCGAUUUGUCGAAAACGUUACCAACGUUCGACGGAAAGUGUAAACUACAUGAGGCGGCUGAUUGGUUGAGUACGCUGUGUGGAGUGGCAGAAUUACACCGUUGGUCCGACGCACUCAAGUUGGAGGCGGCAAGGGUGAAUAUAGGUGGGCCAGCACGACAGUGGUAUGUUGGUCGGAAGUUUGUGUCAUGGUCAGAAUUCGAAAAACAAUUUAAGUCAACGUUUGUAAGAAACGUUAACAUUGGCAGCCGAUGGAAGGCGUUGACAACUCGGGUGCAAGGCAGGAAUGAAAGCAUUUUGGAUUACUACCACGAGAAAAUUCGGUUGUGCCGAGAUCUGGAACUGGAUUUCUUUAAUACAAAGGAACAGUUUUUAGAGGGUGUCCAAUCAAAAGAAUUCCAAAAGAGUUCCAGCAUUUGUUAA